AUGACACCGGACAAAGAUUCAGCGGAUUUUAUAACAGAAAAACACUAUCAUAUUCCUGUUAGCAUAAGAUUAAUACAUACAGUUUUAGUAUUAUACUUAUUAAUCUUAAUAUAAGACGAAUGUAACUUAUCGUAGUUGCAAACGUUAUUUUUUUUUUUUUUAUUGAAUUUCACGUUUACUUUUUGAUAGUAUAAGACUCGGACACUUAGUAAAGUUGCGUUUCAUAUUUAUAGGCCUUAUCUUUAGACUGUCUUCAAUAUUCGAUUGCACAAUAUUUCCUAAACCGAUGCACUAGUCUAAGGAAUAACAACUGUUGCCGGUGAUAAUUCAUAAUUCACCGAAAAAUGUCUUCAAUAAAAAAAGUCGACAUUUGUGACGAUGAAAUAUUUUCUAACCUAUAUUUAAAUUCGUUGUUCUUCAAUAGUUUUCCAUAUUCCUUAAAAUACCAUACUCUUUCUUCACUACUUUUAUACUUCGCAGUCUUUGUAAAUUAUUUCCGUACACUUUAUAAAUAGUUUAAUGAAUUUUUUAAUAAAAUACAGUGUUUUAAAUGGAAUAUUGUUUUCAGCUUUUUCUCCGUUUUCCUUCAAUAUUAUCGUUGAUAUCCACUAUGCACUGUUUUUCGUUAGAUGUGCCGAAACCCAACAUUUUUUAAAAUAGGAAUUGUCGAUGGUUUUCCCUACAACUCUGCAUUUCAAAUGCGUUUGAAUCUUUUUUCCUUUCUCAGUUUUGUUUCAACUCUCGUGCACAAACCUUUUUAUAAGUGUUUUCGGUCAGAUAUACAGUUUUUUUGACGUAAACUUAUUUUAAUUUAUAAAUAAAUCCCUUAUCUUAGGUAUAUUAUAAUAUGUUCGACUAAUGCUUUCUUCUGUUGUAUAAGAUAUUCAGUUGGACGCAACACACGAAGAGUCUGAUCUUGAGCGCGUUUUUCUGGGGCUACUUUUUAAUGAACCUACCGGCCGCCAUGAUCGGCCGUCGGUACAACAAUCAAAUGCUGUUGGCGAUGAGCAUGAUCCUGACCGUUUUGCUCGCGUUGAUUACGCCGACGUUAGUAGUGACAUUCGAUUGGCCCGUACUCGUACUCAUUCGGUUCCUGCAAGGCCUUACUCAGGUAAUAAUUUAAAACGAAUGAUGAUGCCAAUGACAUGACUUCGUACGUCAUUUUAAUUUUAAAAAAAGUUAGGCAAGUACGCAAACAAGUAUACACGGUACAUUACAGAAAUAGAAAAGACUUCUAGAACUACAAGAUAUUUCCAACUUAAAAACUAUUAUAAUUCUGUGUCAAUUUGGUAAAUACUUUGCUUUAGUGAACUACGAUUUUUAAGAUUAAAAGUACACGAUACAUCAAUUUUAUCAUAAUUUUAUUAAUCGUUAUUCAUUAUAAAUAACGUAUAUUUAGAUGUUAAUUAAAUAUAAUUUAUACUGGUUAAUUUUUGCAUAUCCGUUAACAAAAAAUAAUCUUUCAAAUAUAUUGUACGACGCACAACCGUUUAGGAUUUUUCAUUACUUUAAUUAUACCUAUCAAGCGAGUAUCUUGUAUCUUUUAGCACAAAAAGUUCUUUGAUACCGUAACAAAAAGUAUCUUAAUACAAGAUGCAAGAUAAAUUACGUAUACUAAUGAAUAUACAAAAUACAAUUUUAUCUUUGAUACAGCCCGACCCAAAAAACGCUGUAACCAAUAAUUAGUGAAAAUGAACUAAAACCCCGGGCGUUAAUUUCGCUGAUGUUUUACAUUGGUGAAAAAUCUCCCGCGUAAUAUCUUGUUUUCGUUUGAUGUACGUACUUAUAACAAUUAUAUGUAUGUUAAUCCACGUGUUGUUUGUAUAAGAAGAUUUGUUUAUUAUUUUAUUAUUUUAUAGGCAUUUACCAUGCCAAUGAUACAUGGCAUCAGCGCCAAGUGGGCGCCGCCCAACGAACGCGGUCGCCUCGUCGGAUUUGUAUUAGGAGGUAAUAUUAUUAUAUGAUAAUUCGAUAUUAAUAUUGCGCAUGGCGUGAAAUGUAGUAUAUUGAAAAUUCUAUCCGAAAAAUGUCGAUUAAUUACUCUACAGAUUUAAAAAUUAUCGCGAAAAGUCCCGUCGAAAAUAAAAACUAUUUAAUAUAAAUGUCUACGGUAUACACAUAAUAUAUAGGUAAUUUUUACACGGUAUAUGAUAGACACAACUUAAAUAUUAUUCAAAUUUAUAUUUUGUUUUAUUAAUUUUUAUAAUCUAUAUUCGUGAAUCGAGGUCGUAUCCAGAAAUAAUUUACGGGGGGUGGGGGUGGUCAAAAAUUUGUUUAAUGUAAUUUAACUUAGGUUUUAAAAUUUGGUUAAAAGUAAGACCAAAAAAGUUUUAAUCUUCUUUUAAUAAAAUAUAUGGUUAAAUAAACAAAAUUACUUGCACAUCUUGUCACCUUACACUUAUACAAAACAUAAAAUUUUUUAUUUUAUUUUUUAAUAGUUCAGUUCGUUUAGCCGAUAUUUUAAUAAAGUUUCCCACAGAUUUUAUUAUUCUAAUACAAUUAGGAAUAUGGUGAAUAUUUGACGAAUGUGCAAGUGCUAAGUUUAAUGAAUAUGCUCUACAGUGGAUAUUAAGUGCAGCGGGAUGUACUUACUCCAAUAACAGACUGUACUUCUUUUAAAUUACCAUUCAUUGCUUUAUCAUAAGCUUGGUCAAAUAAUUAGUCACAAGUUAUACAAAGAUUUUUUAAAGUUCCUAGAAUGACUGGCCAAACUUUGACCAUCAAUAGAGCUAACCGGUACAAAUUGUAAGAAGUCUUUUUUCAAUUCAUAAUUAUUUAUUUCAUUUUUUUCCAUAUUCAUUAUCAUCUAAAUAACGUACACACAAAAACAGUUGCUCAAAACGCGAUACGUCAGUUGUGUUGUCGACUAAUACAAUAAAACAUUUUGCCUUAUUAAUUUUGUUAACAAACUGGACUUGUAUAAUUUUUUCACAUAUAUUUUUACCUUUAUUUUUAAUUUAAGGACUUAUGUAUGUAGAAUUUUAUGCUUGAUUCACAAUGUGUUAUGUUAGAUUCAUAUUUUCACACGAAACGCGCAUUCUUAAUAAUGCUCGGAAAUUACCAUUGUUAUAAAUAGAAUUAGAGUUGUCUAAAGAAAGAUGUAUAUAAUCGUUAGUAUUGCGAAAAUCUAUUUUUUGACGCACACAAAGAAUAAUAGUUUGAAUAGCAGGAAGUAAUAUUUUAUUAAUUCGUUCAAUUUUAAUAGCACUCGCGGAAACUAACUUUCGAAUUAUAUUUAGACAGUUUUUGGAAUAUACAGCAAUAUAAUUAUCUGUGCGCAUAGCAUUAGAUUUGUGAAAUUCAGUUUGAUUGUGUUCAUUAAAUCUUUCAAUCACUUUUUUCCAGUUAUUAAAAGGUUUUAAAAUUAAUUUAAUAAGUUUCUGGUGACUGCCUUUGCCACGAAAUUCGCGACCAAAUAUCGCAUAAUAUUUACAAACUGCACCAUACUCACCAAUUCUUGAAAAAAAACCCAAGGAAAAUGUUUAAUCCAUCCGAAUUGAAUCUUUAAUUUUGUAUUUAAAUAUGUUAAAUUUAUAAUUUUCAUCUAGUGAUAAAUGAUGAAUCAAUAAUUUAAAUUUUAUUUCAUCAGAUACAUUUUUAGCCAAACAGUAGCCAAUAUCGUUGUCUUCAACUAUUUGUUGUGCGCCCGACUUUAAUAUAUCAUUUUCAUUUGUUUGCAAAUUUGUUUGGUGAAUGACUACAUGAUGAUGAUUGCGAGUCUAUUUGUGGUAGGAGGAUAGAAACAUUAUCGGUCUAAAAUUAAGCAUUAUAUGAAUAUGAAUUAACGUUUCGGAUGAUAAAUUAUUAAUAUAUAAAACAAUAUGUACGUACCUUUGAAAGUUUAGAAAGAUAAUUGAAUAGUACAUUUUUGUUCUCUUACUUACUCAUUAUGAUAAAUUUUAAUUUUAAUACGUUUCGACGUAUUUGUUACAGUACGACUGACAACGGUAUAUUAAUUAUAAUUAAAGUAAUAUUUUUAAUAAACACAAAAUUAAUAUUGAUGUUGUUUAGUCACCGACCACUGUACGCGAACUGGCGUCUAUCGACAAUGAUCUAUUAUCGGACGCAGUAAUAAUAUUUUCAUAUGAUGUUAUGAUUCAUAUUAGUCAGCAGUUAAUUCAAUUGGAGUUUAAGUCAUUUAUAACUGAAAAUAUUUAUGUUGGUAUUAAAAAUAUAUAGUUAUUUUAAACAUUUGUAAAAUACUGAAGAAAUUUCGAGGAGAGGAGGGGUCCGGACUCCUUGGACCCCCUCACAGAUACGGCCUUUUCGUUAAUCCACAAUCAAGUCCUCGAUCAUACAUUACCUUCAUACUAUGAUAAUCGCAUACAUUGUACGGUUUAUCGAUGCAUUAAUAGUUAAUAUCCUUAAAUAGUAUUACAUAAACCUUAACUGUGUAAAUAGUAUAUCGGAAAGGUUUAAUCCGAAUAAAUAUCUCGCCAUAUACGCAUUUGUUUUUAGUCCAUGUAAUCAUCUUUAUCUGGGUGAAUAAUAUUACACUAAACAUCAUGUAUGUGUUCCUAAGUACCCUUUGCCUAAUGACCCAGAGUCACAAGCUGUACAAAAGUACUCCAAAAUAGGUAUUUUACGCGACGUGACGUUUGUUUUAUUAAAACUUGUGAGUUGCAGAUUAAUUGAACAUACAGUUUUUAUGUUAUUUAUAUACGAUACUGAUGUAGGUACUUUUUUACCUCAGUAUAGGUAUGUUAAUAAUAACGUAAUACCUACACUUGAAGUUUCCCGUGGCAACCGAAAUAAGUGUUGAACUUCGGAAUUCUGUAUUCGUUUUCUAUUUACCUACAGGUACCUCCGAAGCAGUAUAAAUAAGUUCAACAAUAUUCCUAUGUAGUUUAUUGUAAUAGGAAAUUAAAAUUAGUACUAAGAUGCAAGUGGUUUCACUAUUUUCGGUAGAUGAGAUANGAUCACACAACGCGAGAAAAACUACAUCAAAUCGUCGUUGAGUCAAACUGUUUCGGACAAAAAGGUAUAUUAUAUAAAUAGGCUAAAGUCAACACUCGACGAUAAUUUCCGAUAAAUAAGUUCAACAAUAUUCCUAUAUAGUUUAUUGUAAUAGGAAAUUAAAAUUAGUACUAAGAUGCAAGUGGUUUCACUAUUUUCGGAAGAUGAGAUAUUUAAAUUAUACCCUUUUGUCCAUAUUUUUUUUUAUUCAAAAAAUUCGAGAAAUAUUCGAAAAUUAUUACGUAUAACGGUAUUAUUAUCAUCGGUUUAAAAUUGUGUUAUCGUACGAGUGAUAAUAGCAAACUAUAUUAAUAUUUUAAUACUAUGCAAAUAUAUUUUACAAUGUAUUUAAUUUGCGUAUACCAGAUACUUGUAUUCAUUAAUUUAUACAUACCUACAUAAUAUAUUAUUAGACAGGAACUGAUAUUUAAUAUAAGAUAUAUAAAAUCGUGUUUACAGUAUCAUAUUUUUUUAUGAUAUCAAAGAUAAUGUGAUAUAAUUAAUUAUUAUUUUAUGGUUUUUGUAAAAUUAAUGUUAUUACGAAAAUUAUUAAUUUAUUUAGUGAUUUUUGAGUUAUUUGUCUGUAUUUUUUUUCGUAGGUCUUCAAUUUGGUACAGUCGUCACGUUGGUCGGGUCGGGAAUACUGGCCAGUACUCGUUCGGGAUGGCCGUCGAUUUAUUACGUUAGUGGGGCGUUCGGAAUUGUGUGGGUAGUGUUGUGGUUGUUACUUGGGUCGGAAAGUCCGGACACUCAUCCGUUGAUCACACAACGCGAGAAAAACUACAUCAAAUCGUCGUUGAGUCAAACUGUUUCGGACAAAAAGGUAUAUUAUAUAAAUAGGUUAAAGUCAACACUCGACGAUAAUUUCCAAAACUCGUGUUUUUCAGAAAAUUAAAUAAAAAUAUCCCGUACAAUACGUAUAAAUUACAAAUGUGUUUGUUAUGUGUAAUUUAGACUAAGAAAUUUAAAAGUACCAUCAAAAAUUAAGAUUUUAGUUAUCUAAAUUUUUUUUGAAGGUGAAGUUUGGAACAUGUGUCUUUUGACUUUAAGUUUAGGGAUUAUGAAUACAACAUUGUAAACAGGUUACGAAAUACAGUAGAAAUUCGAUUAACCGUCAGUCGCGGGACCGGUACUAUGGUAGUUAAUUGAAUAAACUGCAAUAAAUUGCAAUAAACGUUUAUAUUUUACAAUAUGUGUAUUUGCAGACAAAACUAAUGAAAUGAUAAUAAAUAAUAGUAACAAAAAUAAUACCAUACUAAAAAAUACUGAACAAAAUAAUCCGCCAUCUUCUCUCCUUUUUUUUUUUUUUUUUAAGGUAUAAGUUUUUUGAGCGACAAUGUUUCAUAUUUUACGAAAAAGUAAGACGGUGACCGAUGACGGAUAACAGAGAGUGACGGUUAAUUGAGUUUCUACUGUAUGUGAAAUAUCUGGCAAAGUAGCAACUUGAAUCGCAAAUAAAAACAAUCUAUUCUAAUGUGAAAUAAUAAAAAUAUCAUUUCAGACCAAUUUCCUUUCAGAAAAAGUGCUACACUUUAAAAUCUGAGCAAAAUUUCUAGUAGAUAAGUUGUUUACAGAAAAAAAAAAACAUCAUUGUAAAACCAAUAAAUUUCGUCAUUCCACUCUGAAUCAAAAAUAUAACGUUGAAUACAAACCGAAAUCAAUGGUUUAUUGACCAUGGUCGGGGAUUGAAAACGGCAUUUAAUUAAACAUUUUUUUUUUUUCAUUUAUGAUUCAGUUGAAAUAUUAUUAUAGUAUACUACUUGUUUACCUAUAUGAUGUAAUAUAAUUACUAUUAAUUAAUAUUAUUUUUCAUAUAAUCGUGAUUUGUUUAAAAUGUCCAAAUACGGUUUUCAGCCCUAUUUAAAUUAAAUAGACACAUUGCUCUAUUUAAUAGUUGGGUACGUAACAAAAUUAAUAGUUUAUUUUUCAUUUGAUCUUUCUUGUAGAACUUGAUUACACCGUGGAAGAAAAUAUUCACUUCGAUGCCGGUGUGGGCGAUUACAAUAUCGCAUGCUGGUCACAACUGUGGAUUUUGGCUACUGCUCAGUGAAAUGCCGACGUUCAUUAAUUCUGUGCUAAAGUUUGACAUUAAAUCGGUAAACAACACAAGUGGAUGCAAUAAUUUUUUUUGUUUUUUUUUUUUUGUGAGGGGAGAAUACACGGUCGAAAUCAGUAAUAUAGGUACGAUAGGAUUUAAAGCUGCAGUGGAUAUAUUAUUAUAAAAUACCCGUAAGAAGAUAAUUUAAUGGAAAAUACAAAUUACAAACUAAUCCAAUUACGAUAGUGACUCGGAUAUUGAGUUGGGUUAGUAUAGGUGAAGUAAAAAAAUGUACAGGAUAAAUUACGAAAUCAUAAUAUCCGUGUUGAUUUACGAAUAAACUAAUUUCAAAGGGGUUUAGAGUAUUUAUACAAAUAUAUACUGCAGAUACCGAAUAGCCAAGUUAUCAUAGCACUUCAAACGUAUUCGAUGAAAACUCAAAAAUAAUAAUUUAAUGUAAAUAGUUGUAAACGUUGACAAACAAUAAUGUUUCAGGACGGGAUUGUGUCGGCGUUACCGUACUUGGCCAUGUGGUUAUGCCAGUUUCCUGUUACAUAUUUUGCCGAUUAUAUGAACAAGAAAAAUGUGACUUCGCUUACUUUUUCACGGAAAUUUUGGAACACCUUGGGUAAUAUUAUAACGUAGUAUGCAAGAGCAAAAUGACUAAGUCACGUGACAUUUUCCAUUAGUUAGGUAAUCAAAUCGAUACAAAUAUACUAACGUUAUCAUAGACUUAAUCGAGUUCAUGUAAUCAAAUCGGUCGCUUAUAUAUUAUACAUUUAUAAAUAUUGAAAACUGUCUUAGGUAGGUGUCUAGGUCAUUCUGGACUAUAUGAGUAUUGUAUAUACAUAUUUCUACAUAUUUUUUGUAUUUACUAAUAUACAUUAUUUAUAACUUAAUCAUAUUAGCAGCAAUUACUGUGGCGAAUUAAAUUUAAUCCAAUUAAAAAAACCUGGACUUUACAGUUCGCACCGUGGGUAGGCCACUGUUGUACAGAUAGGUAUAGUUCGGACGGUAGUAUACAUUGGGUAAUUUAGUUUAAAUACUACAUUGCUGUGUACACCGAUAAAUCAUUUUAUAAAUUAAUGAAUCAUUACGAACGGAAAAUGAUAUUGAAUGUUGCAGUGUACUAGAAGCGCUGUUUUCCCUUAUUGCCUAGGUAACACUGAAAUUUAAAAAAAGAACCUAUGAGUGAACUGUUACAAAUAUUAAUAAAUCGUAUCAAAUAAGACAACUAUCGGCCGGAAAUCACGUAUCUUUAAGGGAAGGUACUGUUUUAAAAAAAAAUCUGAAUUCUUUUACUAUCUGCAAAAAUGUUUUCCAAGAAAAAAAACCACAUCUUUGUAAAAAUAAAAACUACUUCGUAAUACUUGGAUUAUAAAAUAUUACAGUCGCUUAUAAUUUAUACUUUAUUUGGCAUACAAACGCCGUACGUACUAUGUGGGCAAUAAUUUUCUAUUUAGAUUUUCAAUUUUAUAAAUUAUUUGUAAAUACGAUUCAAACGUUUAAAAUAUAACUGCUACAGACCACGUCUAUAACCGUAUCUAUCUAUCUAUCUAUAUUGAAUUUUACCAGAUACGUUUUAGAUCUGCGAGAAGAUUUAGAUAGGUCGUCUAAAUCCGAUAUUUGUCUACCGCCGAACUUUUAUUACACUCCGGCAGAUUCGUGCCACAUACAUAAUAAUGUUGCUGGCGAAUCCGGCUGUUGAACGUGUUUAGGACAGUGACAAUUUCUGUGUGUAUGCUGCAGGAAUGAGCGGCGGAGCAUUGGGUCUCGUGGUGCUCGGGUACAUGGGCGAAAACGCAAAAGCGGCGAUAUGUCUGUACGUGUUCGUGGUGGCGAUCGGCUGUUGUACGAAUGUCGGUUUCAACAUCAACCAUUUGGAUUUGGCGCCGAAUUACGCGGGGAUUUUAAUGGGUUUCACGAACGCCGUGGCCUCCGUGGGCGGAGUAUUGGCUCCGACCGUCUGCGGGUUCAUCGUGCACCAUCAGGUUAGAAAACCGCGUUUUCCGUUCGGACUGGUGGUUUUUUGUUUUUUUUUUUUAUUAUUAUCGCAUAUUUACAGCAUUUAUAUAUAUUUAUGUAUGUGUCGACAGACAUCGGCGGAUGAAUGGAGAAUCGUGUUCACGUUAGGAGCAGUGAUAUUGUUCUUCUCCAGUAUAUUUUACAUUAUUUUCGGAUCCGCCGAAGUACAACCGUGGAACGAUCCCGAAAACGAAAACGGUAAACCGACGGUUUUCUAUCGUCAGCCAAUGCGGUCACGCAAUAAUAUGCAUGCUUUGGCGAUACAUUUUGUUGCACAUUGUUUGCUACUGUGUUAUUAUAUCGCGAAAAUGUUUUGUUUACUGUACAAGUGUUACCAGUGGAUAGUCAAUAACCGAAAACAAUAAAAGUAGUAUUUAAUUGUAGUUAACAAUGUCGCCAAAACUGUUUGCUCGCGAGAGACCUAUUUAGAUUUCAGAAAUGAUAAAGGCAUUUUAAUAUCAAAGCGGCCUGUUACCAACUUCGAAAAAAUAAAAAAUCCACCACAUCCAAACCAAAGCUCGCUGUUAGUUUCCUUAGCCAAUUUGUAAUGCCUAAAACAUUUAGUUAUUAAAAAAACACGCCGGGUGGAAAUAAAAGAAGGAAGAUUGAAAAAAAUAACCCCGAAAAAUUACAUUUUUAACUUUUUAAAUGUAGUUAAAAAUUCCAAAAAUCAGAGUCUAAAUAAAUGCAAAAUUUAACCAAAUAAUGGGGUAAGCACGCUUAGUGAAUCAUCCUGUUUAUUUUUAUAGCAAUAUUCGUGUUCGCUAAACCGUGUUGCUCAAAACUGCAUCGCCAAAACACGCCUUUAAUAAUUAAGACAUUAAUGGGUCAAAAGUUAAAAUUAUUUUAAACGAAUUAUUGUUUUGCGUGAUUAACUUUUAAUUUUAAAAUUAAUUCAUUUUUAAUAUUUCUUAAUUUCGUCUGCUUAACUUGACGAGCUAAAAAAAUGGUCAACUACACCCAGCCUUACUAAUAAUUAUUAUCGUUUAUUUUUAGUUGGCGUCCGGAGUUUUAUGCAGAUGAAGAAGGAUUACGGUUCGUCAGUUGGCCAUCACGGUUUACCGGCAUUCAAUAAAUCGACGUAA